GCCCCUGCCCGCCUGGAGGCGGGGCUGCGCGUCCCGCACGGGCUACUCUCGGGUCGGAGCUGCCCCGCAGCGGGUGAACCGAGCGGCCUCGAGGAAAGGGUGCGGCAGGACCCUCGCCAGAAGCAGGCGCGCUGGGGGCGGCCUCCGUGCCCACCGCGGCGGAGGAAGAUGGUGUUCGAGUCGGUGGUCGUGGAUGUGUUGAACCGGUUCUUGGGGGACUAUGUGGUGAACCUGGACACGUCCCAGCUCACUCUGGGCAUCUGGGGAGGAGCUGUGGUCUUGAAGAACCUUGAAAUUAAAGAAAAUGCCCUGAGUCAACUGGAUGUACCAUUUAAAAUUAAAGUUGGUUAUAUAGGUAACCUUAAUCUUAAAAUUCCAUGGAAAAACCUUUAUACUCAACCAGUUGUAGCUGUACUGGAAAACAUUUAUUUACUCAUCGUGCCUUCUUCUAUAAUAAAAUAUGAUUCUUUAAAAGAAGAAAAGCAACUUUUGGAAGCAAAGCAGCAGGAACUAAAACGAAUAGAAGAAGCCAAACAAAAAGUAGCUAAUCAAGAAAAACUCCUGGUGGAGAAACAAGACACUUUUACAGAAAAAUUAAUUACUCAGAUCAUAAAAAAUCUUCAAGUGAAAAUUUCCAACAUCCAUAUUCGUUAUGAAGAUGAUAUCACAAAUCAAGAAAACCCACUGUCAUUUGGUAUUUCUCUUCAAAAUCUCAGCAUGCAGACAACUGAUCAAAACUGGGCUCCAUGUUUACAUGAUGAAACUGAGAAACUAUUUCGUAAGUUAAUCCGAUUGGAUAACCUUUUUGCUUAUUGGAAUGUGAAGUCUCGGAUGUUUUAUCUUACUAGUUAUGAUGAUUCAUUGGACAGCUUGAGGAAUGGCAUUGUUGAUGAAAAUAUUGUUCCAGAAGGUUAUGAUUUUGUAUUUCGCCCCAUAUCUGCUAAAGCCAAACUUCAGAUGAAUCGCCGAUCUGAUUUUGACUUUUCUGCCCCCAAGAUAAAAUUGGAUGUUGAAUUACAUGACAUAGCUAUUGAAUUUAAUAAACCACAGUAUUUCAGUCUUAUGGAGCUUCUUGAAUCAGUUGAUAUGAUGACGCAAAAUCUGCCAUAUAGGAAAUUCAAACCUGAUGUACCUGUUCACGGCCAUGCCAGAGAAUGGUGGGCUUAUGCUAUACAUGGUAUUCUUGAAGUAAAUGUUUGCCCCCACUUGCGGAUGUGGUCAUGGAAACAUAUUAGCGAUCAUCGGCAACAAAUGAAGCAAUAUAAAGAACUCUAUAAGAAAAAGCUAAUAAAUAAGAAGCCACCUGUGGAACUUCUCAGCUGUUUGGAGGAGUUGGAGAAGACUCUGGAUGUAUUUAACAUUACUAUAGUGAGACAACAGGCAGAAGUUGAGGUAAAGAAAGCUGGAUACAGGAUAUACAAAGAAGGAACAAAAGAUUCAGAGGAAAAUAAAGGAUGGUUUAACUGGUUGUGGACUUGGUCAGAACCAAAAACUAAAGAACAGCAGCCCGAUGUUAAACCUGGAAGUCUUGAAGAAAUCUUGACACCUGAAGAAAAAACUUUACUCUAUGAAGCAAUUGGCUAUAGUGAAACAGCAGUUGACCCAACCUUGCCAAAAUCAUUUGAAGCCAUGAAGUUGUACAUGCACUUGAAAAGUAUGUCUAUUGUUCUAAGAGAAGAACAACAAAAACGUGAGCUGUUAAAUAUUGUAGUAGAAGAAUUUAGCACUUGGGUUGUACAAAGACCAGGAGCACAAGCAAUAAAAUUUGAAACCAGAAUAGAUUCCUUUCAUGUUACUGGCCUACCAGAUAAUUCAACAAAACCCCGCCUCCUAUCCUCACUGGAUAAUGCUGCAUCACUUUUCCAGAUUACAUUUGAGACAAAUCCAUUAGAUGAAACUGUUGCUCAAAGGUGUAUCAUAGAAGCUGAACCUUUAGAAAUAAUAUAUGAUGCAAGAACAGUGAAUAGUAUAGUGGAAUUCUUCAGACCUCCAAAAGAGGUAAAUCUAGCACAGCUCACUUCAGCGACUUUGACAAAACUUGAAGAAUUUCGUGAUAAGACAGCAACAGGUCUACUGUAUAUUAUUGAAACACAGAAAGUUCUUGAUCUCAGAAUUAAUUUGAAAGCUUCAUAUGUUAUUAUCCCACAAGAUGGAAUUUUCAGCCCUACGUCAAAUCUGCUUCUUUUGGAUCUUGGUCAUUUAAAGGUGACAAGCAAAAGUCGUUCACAAUUACCAGAUAUGAAACAAGGUGGGGCCAGACUUGAAGAGAUAAUGCGUAGAGCUUAUGAUUCCUUUGAUAUUCACCUUACAAGCAUUCAGCUGCUUUACAGCAGAGUUGGUGAUAAUUGGAAAGAAGCACGAAAACUCAAUGUAUCUACACAGCAUGUUUUGGUACCUUUGCACUUCAAUGUGGAAUUCUCUAAGGCCAUGGUUUUCAUGGAUAUAAGGAUGCCGAAAUUCAAGAUUUUUGGAAAGUUACCACUGAUUUCUUUGCGAAUCUCAGAUAAAAAGCUUCAAGGAAUUUUGGAAUUGAUUGAAAGCAUUCCAAAACCCACACCUGCAACUGAAGUACAUGCCCCUGUCAAGCCAUUUCAGAUGCAAAGGUCCACUUCUUUGGGAGCACCACAGAUUUCACAGAAAGUGAUUCCUCUCUUGGAACUUGCAGGUGUUGAAUAUGAGUCAGAGGAGGAAUUUUAUGAUGCACCAUGUAGUCCCGUGGAAGAAUAUUUUCAGUCAACAGCUAGCGUUAAAAGUUGUCAACAAAAUAAGAUUCCAGAGUUGGAUUGUUCAAAAAAUAUGAUUCAGUAUAAAAUAAGAUUUGAAGUGCCAGAGGUAUCGAUUCAAUUUUAUCAUCUUGUUGAAGAUUGUGAACUACCUGUGGUAGAAAUUGUUGUCUUAGGAUUGGGCACAGAAGUAGAACUUAGAACAUUUGAUUUGAAAGCCAAUGCCUUUUUGAAAGAAUUCUGCUUAAAAUGCCCAGAAUACUUGGAUGUAAACGAAAAGCCAGUUUAUUUGAUUACAACACUAGAUAACACAAUGGAAGAUCUGUUAACACUGGAGUAUGUGAAGGCUGAAAAGAAUGUACCCAACUUGAGAAGUUCCUAUAAUAAUGUUGAACAACUGAUUAAGGUGAAUUUUUCCUCUUUGGAUAUUCAUUUGCAUACGGAAGCACUUCUGAAUACAAUGAACUAUUUUAAUAAUUUCAUUCCACAAUUGGAGGAAAAGUCAGCCUCGUUGCAUGUUGUGGAGACAGAAGACAAAGGAGAGGUCAUUAAAAAAAUAGCUUCAAGACGAUACAGGCAUGAAGAUAUUACCUUGCAGAUCUUAGCAGAGUUAUCAUGUUUACAGAUCUUUAUUCAAGAUCAGAAACAUAACAUUGCUGAAAUUAAGAUUGAAGGGCUUGAUUCUGAGAUAAUUAUGAGGCCUUCAGUAACUGAAGUAAAUGCAAAGCUAAGAAAUAUAAUUGUUUUGGAUUCUGAUAUAACAGCUGUAUAUAAAAAGGCUGUUUAUAUCACUGGAAAAGAAGUUUUCAGCUUCAAAAUCCUUUCUUAUGUGAAUGCAACUGCUGAUUCUGCAUACACAGAUAUGAGUGUGGUUGAUAUUCAAGUUAAUUUAACUGUUGGUUGCAUUGAAGUAGUUUUAGUCACAAAAUUUUUAUAUUCUAUAUUGGCUUUCAUAGAUAAUUUUCAAGCAGUUAAAGAAGCCUUGGCUGAGGCAACUGUCCAGGCAGCAGGAAUGGCUGCUACUGGUGUAAAAGAACUGGCACAAAGGAGUUCUAGAAUGGCAUUAGAUGUUAACAUCAAAGCUCCAGUUGUGGUCAUCCCACAGUCUCCAGUUUCUGAAAAUGUCCUUGUUGCUGAUUUUGGACUGAUUACAAUGACCAAUACAUUCCAUAUGAUAACAGAGAGCCAGUGCAAUCCCCCACCCAUUAUUGAUUUGAUAACGAUAAAGCUGAGUGAAAUGCGACUAUACAGGUCUCAAUAUAGUAAUGAUACAUACCAGGAAGUACUGGAUAUACUACUGCCAUUAAAUCUUGAGGUGAUUGUUGAGCGAAAUUUAGCCUGGGAGUGGUUCCAGGAAGUUCCUUGUUUUAAUAUAAAUGCUCAACUAAAGCCUAUGGAGUUCAUUCUUAGUCAAGAAGAUAUAACAACUAUCUUUAAAACAUUAUAUGGUAAUAUAUGGUAUGAAGGAGGUGGCAGUGUCCCACCAGCAGGAGUGAAAGAUCAGAGUAGUGUUACUGGUGGAGUCACUAACACUUCACAUCAUUCAGGAGGAACAACUGUAGUGACAGCUGCUGUGGUAGAAGUACAUUCAUGUGCCGCUCAAGUUAAGACAACUCUAAAUAUGAGUUUCAAAACUGAUUAUCUCACCAUGAUACUGUAUAGUCCAGGUCCUGAACAUGUUUCCUUUACAGAUGUUCGUGAUCCUUCUCUGACACUUGCUGAAUUUAAGUUGGAGAAUAUAAUAAGUACUUUAAAAAUGUAUACAGAUGACUCAGUAUUUUCUGCCUUCUCAUUAAAAAAUUGUAUUUUAGAUGAUAAAAGACCUCAUGUCAAGAAGGCAACUCCUAGAAUGAUAGGAUUGACAGUUGGAUUUGACAAAAAAGAUAUGAUGGAUGUAAAGUAUAAGAAAAUCAGAGAUGGUUGGAUGUCUGAUGUAGUCCUUCAAGAAACAUAUAUUUGUGCAAGUGUGGAAUUUCUGCUGACAGUUGCAAAUGUCUUUCUUGAAGCCUACACCACAGGCACUGCUGUAGAAACCAAUGUUCAAGCAUGGGCUGCUAAGGAAGAAGUACCUGCACAGAUACAAGAAAAGUGGGAAGUGAAUAUUCUUAUUAAAAAUCCUGAAAUUGUGUUUGUGGCUGAUAUGACAAGAAAUGAUGCUCCUGCCUUAGUCAUUACAACACAAUGUGAAAUUUGUUGCAAGGGUGACCUUGAAAACAAUACAAUGACUGCUGCUAUUAAAGAUCUCCAAAUGAGAGCAUGCCCAUUUCUUCCUGACAAGAGAAAAGACAGAAUCACUACUGUUUUGCAGCCCUGUGACUUGUUCUAUCAAGCUACUCAGAUAGGCACAGAUCCACAAGUGAUUGAUAUAUCACUAAAAUCGCUGACACUAAAGGUUUCACCUGUUAUCAUAAAUACUGUGAUUACCAUAACUGCAGCACUUUAUACAACUAAGGAAACCAUCCCACAAGAAACUGCUUCUUCUACAGCACAUUUAUGGGAAAAGAAGGAUACAAAGACUUUAAAAAUGUGGUUUCUUGAAGAACCAAAUGAAGUGAAAAACAUAGCUCCCACAACUGAAUUGGUACCCAAAGGAGAGAUAAUAAAAAUGAACAUUGAUUCUAUUUUCAUAGUUCUUGAGGCUGGGGUUGGUCAUAGAACAGUGCCUAUGCUUUUGGCAAAAUCAUGUAUUUCAGGGGAAGGCAAAAACUGGAGUUCCCUCAUAAAUCUCCACUGUCAGCUUGAGCUAGAAGUGCAUUAUUACAAUGAAAUGUUUGGUGUAUGGGAACCUUUGCUUGAACCUUUAGAAAUUGACCAGACUGAGGAAUUUAGACCAUGGAAUCUUGGAAUCAAGAUGAAAAAGAAAGCAAAAAAGGCUAUUGUUGAGUCAGAUACUGAAGAAGAUUACAGAGUGCCAGAAUAUAAAACUGUCAUCAGUUUCUAUUCAAAAGACCAACUAAACAUUACAUUAUCCAAAUGUGGUCUUGUAAUGUUAAAUAAUUUAGUCAAGGCAUUUACAGAAGCGGCCACUGGAUCUUCAACUGUCUUCAUGAGGGAUCUAGCGCCAUUUAUGAUUUUAAAUUCUCUUGGACUUACCAUCUCUGUUUCACCAAGUGAUUCUUUUAGUGUGCUCAACGUUCCAGUGGCAAAGUCAUAUAUAUUGAAAAAUGAGGAAAGUUUAAGUAUGGAUUAUGUCCGAACAAAAGACAAUGAUCAUUUCAAUGCAAUGACCAGUCUAAGCAGCAAACUUUUCUUCAUUCUUCUUACACCUGCUAACCACUCUACUGCUGAUAAAAUUCCCUUAACAAAAGUGGGACGACGACUGUACACUGUAAGGCACAGAGAAUCUGGAGUUGAAAGAUCUAUUGUUUGUCAAAUUGAUGCAGUGGAAGGAAAUAAGAAAGUAACAGUUCGCUCCCCAGUGCAGAUUAGAAAUCAUUUCUCAAUCCCACUUUCUGUUUAUGAAGGGAAUACUUUAUUGGGAAUGGCUGCACCUGGAAAUGAAUUUAACAUACCGUUAGCAUCUUACCGAUCACUCCUUUUUCUGAAGCCAGAAGAUGAGGACUAUCAAAUGUGUGAAGCAAUUGACUUUGAAGAAAUUAUAAAAAAUGAAGGCUCUUUUCUAAAGAGGCAAUGUAGACCUAUAAACCCGUCUAAGAAACCAUUUAUUAUUAAUAUUGUCCCAGAAAAAGAUAAUUUGACAUCUCUGUCAGUAUAUUCAGAAGAUGGUUGGGACUUACCAUACAUAAUGCAUUUGUGGCCACCUAUCCUACUCCGAAAUCUUCUUCCUUACAAACUUGUUUAUUAUAUAGAGGGGAAUGAACAUAGAGUUUUUACUCUAAAUGAAGGUUCUUCUGCCCAUAUUUGUACCGUACAAUUGGAUAAAGCAAUACUACAUUUAAAAUUACUUGACUAUCUUAAUCAAGAUUGGAAAAGUGAAUAUCAUAUAAAACCUAAUCAACAAGAUAUUAGUUUCAUCAGUUUUACCUGUGUUACAGAAAUAGAAAAGACUGAUUUAGAUAUUGCUAUCCAUGUGACUUAUAAUCCUGGCCAGACAGUUGUGGCAUUUCAUAGCCCUUACUGGAUGGUCAAUAAAACUGGUCGAAUGCUACAGUAUAAAGCAGAUGGAAUUCAUCGAAAGCAUCCGCCUAAUUAUAAAAUGCCAGUUCUCUUUUCUUUUCAGCCAAAGCACUUUUUUAAUAACAAUAAGGUUCAGCUUAUGAUAACUGAUAGUGAAUUAUCAGAUCAGUUUUCAAUUGAUACUGUUGGUAGUCAUGGAGCUGUUAAAUGUAAAGGCAUGAAAAUGGAGUAUCAAGUUGGUGUCAUUAUAGACCUCAGCAGUUUUAACAUUACCAGAAUUGUGACAUUUACCCCUUUUUAUAUGAUCGAAAACAAAAGCAAGUAUCAUAUAUCAGUGGCUGAAGAGGGGAGUGAUAAAUGGCUCUCUCUCGAUUUGGAGCAGUGUAUUCCCUUUUGGCCUGAGGAUGCUUCAAAUAAACUUCUUAUUCAAGUUGAAGGAAGUAGAGGCCCUCCCCAAAAGAUACAUUUUAACAAGCAAGAAAAUUGUAUUUUAUUACGUCUGGAUAAUGAGCUUGGUGGUAUUAUAGCAGGAGUUAAUUUGGCUGAGCAUUCUACAGUUAUUACAUUUUCAGAUUAUCAUGAUGGAGCAGCUACAUUCCUAUUAAUAAAUCACACUAAGAAUGACAUUAUUGAAUAUAAGCAAAGUUCUCUCAGUGAAAUAGAAGACUCUCUCCCUCCCGGAAAAGCAGUAUUUUAUACAUGGGCUGAUCCAGUGGGCUCUAGAAAGCUGAAGUGGAGUUGUGGGAAAAGCCACGGUGAAGUAACACAAAAAGAUGAUAUGAUGACACCUAUAAAUUUGGGGAAAAAGACUAUUUAUUUAGUUUCAUUCUUUGAAGGCUUACAACGCAUUAUUUUAUUCACUGAAGAUCCAAAGGUAUUUAAAGUGACAUAUGAAAAUGAGAAAGCAGAAUUAGCAGAGCAAGAAAUUGUGUUGGCAUUACAAGAUGUUGGAAUUUCUCUCGUCAACAAUUACACAAAGCAAGAAGUAGCCUAUAUUGGCAUUACAAGUUCUGAUGUGGUUUGGGAGACAAAGCCCAAGAAGAAGGCAAGAUGGAAGCCAAUGAGUAUAAAGCACACUGAGAAGUUAGAGAAAGAAUUUAAGGAAUAUAUUGAAUCUUCACCUUCAGAAGAUAAGGUUAUUGAGUUGGACACUAAUAUUCCGGUUCGCUUUACACCUAGCGGCAAUAACAUGAAAAUUCUGCAACCACAUAUAAUAGCUAUACGAAGAAAUUAUCUGCCAGCAUUAAACGUGGAAUAUAACACAUCUGCACAUCAAUCAUCAUUUAGAAUUCAAAUUUAUAGAAUACAGAUCCAAAACCAGAUACAUGGUGCUGUAUUUCCAUUUGUAUUUUAUCCUGUUAAGCCUCCCAAGUCAGUCACCAUGGAUUCAGCACCCAAGCCCUUUACAGAUGUCAGUAUUGUCAUGAGAUCUGCAGGGCAUUCCCAGAUAUCACGUAUUAAAUACUUCAAAGUGUUGAUUCAAGAAAUGGAUCUCAGGUUAGAUCUUGGGUUUGUCUAUGCAUUAGCAGAACUUAUGACAGAAGCUGAAGUAACUGAAAAAACGGAGGUUGAACUUUUUCAUAAAGAUAUAGAAGUUUUCCAAGAAGAAUAUAAAACAGUUUCAUUAGUAGAUUCAUCACAAGUCAGUCUCUAUGAGUAUUUUCAUAUAUCUCCUAUCAAGUUGCAUUUAAGUGUUUCACUGAGUUCGGGUAAAGAAGCAGCUAAAGACUCAGAACAGCAUGAAGGAUUCAUUGCAAUUAGUUCUUUAAAUCUCUUGCUGAAGAGUAUUGGUGCCACUCUUACAGAUGUACAAGAUGUAGUUUUUAAGCUUGCAUUUUUUGAACUCAACUAUCAGUUUCAUACAACAUCUGAACUGCAGUCUGAAGUAGUAAGACACUAUUCAAAACAGGCCAUUAGGCAAAUGUAUGUACUCAUUCUUGGACUUGAAGUUUUGGGAAAUCCCUUUGGCUUGAUUAGAGAAUUUUCUGAAGGUGUAGAAGCAUUUUUCUAUGAACCUUACCAGGGAGCCAUCCAGGGUCCUGAAGAGUUUGUGGAAGGAAUGGCACUAGGAUUGAAGGCAUUAGUUGGGGGAGCUGUUGGUGGAUUAGCUGGUGCUGCCUCCAAAAUCACCAGUGCUAUGGCUAAAGGGGUAGCAGCUAUAACUAUGGAUGAAGACUACCAACAGAAGAGGAGAGAAGCCAUGAACAAGCAACCGGCUGGUCUUAGAGAAGGCAUCACUCGAGGAGGAAAAGGCUUAGUUUCUGGUUUUGUAAGUGGCAUAACAGGAAUUGUUACAAAGCCAAUCAAAGGAGCUCAAAAAGAAGGAGCAGCUGGUUUCUUUAAAGGUGUUGGGAAAGGUUUAGUUGGAGCAGUGGCAAGGCCAACUGGAGGCAUCAUAGACAUGGCUAGCAGUACAUUUCAGGGAAUAAAAAGGGCUACAGAGACUUCUGAUGAAGUGGAGAGUCUGCGGCCCCCUCGGUUCUUUAAUGAAGAUGGAGUUAUCAGACCUUACAGGUUGAGGGAUGGUACUGGAAAUCAGAUGUUGCAGGUCAUAGAAAAUGGAAGAUUUGCAAAAUACAAAUAUUUUACCCAUGUCAUGAUCAAUAAAACAGAUAUGUUAAUGAUAACCAAAAGUGGGGUAUUGUUUGUAACAAAAGGAACAUUUGGACAGCUUACAUGUGAGUGGCAGUACAGUUUUGAUGAGUUUACCAAAGAGCCAUUCAUUGUUCAUGGAAGAAGAUUGCGAAUUGAAGCAAAGGAACGAGUGAAGUCUGUAUUCCAUGCCAAAGAGUUUGGAAAAAUAAUUAACUUCAAGACCGCAGAAGAUGCUAGGUGGAUCCUCACAAAGCUAGAAGAAGCAAGAGAGCCUUCCCCAACCCUCUGACAGAGAACACUACCAGAAGACACAGUGAUUAAUCCUUACAGCUUCUACCAUGUACCUUCCUAAACCUGUUUGGGAACCAUAGUACAGAAGUAAUUUUAAGUACAUAAAAUAUAUAUGUGUGUGUAUCGGUUAGAAUCAGGUAAAACAGCUAUGUAAUUAAAAUAUUUCAACUCCUCUGGUUUUCUAACUUGAAUCAUGCAUUGGUUUAAAAUUCUAAUUAUUUUAUAAGAGAAACAUUUUUUAAAUAUUUGCUCCAGGUGAUUCUCUGCACUGGUGGAGAAAUUGCCCAUAAUUAGCCUUCAUAUGGAGCUAAGAUUAAUGUUCCGAGUUUACACUUUAAACUUCUCUCAUGCUUACUUCCAACUCUCUGAAUAAGUGAUGGGAGUGAUCAAAUCAAUAAUCAAAUCAAACAUUGCCUCAGUGGUAUCAAGAGAACUUUAGUGGUGAUUUCUUUAGAAACAUGUUCUUCUUACAGAUAAAUAUUUUGAUAUUAUUUUCCUUAUUUUUAUAAAGGAUAGGUUUGAACUGUACUUCAAAUACACAGCAUGAAUAUAAAAAACAAUCUUUUUAUAUAUAAUACAGAUUGAAUAUCCUUUCUAGCCUCAUCUUAAGAAAGGCUUGUAAAAUGAAUGUCAUAACCCAAAAGAGAAAGCCCUCCUCAGAACUCUGAUGCCUUAGAAAUAGUUCCUCAAGCCAUCUCCAUGGGAUCUACUUGGUUUGCCCAGCUCACAUUUUUGAUAGAUUGCCACUUUAAAGGAAAAUUCCUGAAGCCUUAACAAUGCCCACUUUCUACUCACUGCUAAUGAUGAAAUAAACAAAAUUCCCACCAUCUUAAAUAGGAGUUAUGCUUCAGACCAGAUAACCCCUCUCACAAUAUAGGAAUGCACCAUACAGUCUAACCCAGGAACCUGUCCUGUUGGUAACAGAUUGAAAAUUUACAGUUUGCUUUCUCUAUAGUUAUUCAAAUGAGAAUCAUUCUUUCAAAUGUAUAGCUCAGGGGUCCUCAAACUUUUUAAACAGGGGACCAGUUCACUGUCCCUCAGACCAUUGGAGGGCCGGACUAUAGUUUUAAAAAAAAAAACUAUGAACAAAUUCCUAUGCACACUGCACAUAUCUUAUUUUGAAGUAAAAAAACAAAACGGGAACUACAAUAUUUGUAUUUGCAUGUGGCCUGCGGGCCGUAGUUUGAGGACCCCUGGUAUAGCUCAUCAGAACAAAAAUCAUUAGUAAAAAUAAGGUCAUGGGUUUUUUUCCUUGGUUUUUGUUCAAACACCUUAAUAUGAAUGGGCUUUCUCAAGUGAAAGAAGAUGAGUGUGUGAUUGUGAACCAUGAAAAGAAUGAUACAGCAUCUUAGUUAUUAAAUAAUACAGAUUUGAUGCAUGUUGUAUGUGCCAUGAAAUUCUUAUAAACUGUUUUUUGGACUAGAGACUUGUGAAAUGCUCCUAAGGUUCCUCAAACCCUUUGCUUUGUUGUAAAAGCUAAAAUAAACAGCAUGCCAGACCGUAAUUAUAUGUAUUCCUGACCAAAUCCUGCUACUCACUAUUAUUGAUUUUCCUCUUAUUAUAAAAAUGCAUUGUUUAUUAUCAAUAAUUUCCUCCAGAAUGUGUUUUUUUCUUUGCUGAACAUAAAUUGAAUCGAAAGAUGACAAAUUUCUAGUCACCUGAUACUGUGUGAUCCCUUGAUGGCACAUUUUCUCUGUUGCUGAGCUCUUCCGAUUCUGCAGACAUUACAAUUAAACCUGAGAGCAGAGGUAGUCAGAAAAUCCAGCAGGUUGUCCUCCUCCGCAGUGUUGCUCUCCCGGAGUUCCAUUCAGUGCCAUUAGCCAAGUACCUCAUUACCUACUCCAGUCUCAUGAUUUUAUUCUCAGAAAAACAAAAAGGCAGGCCCAUAACUCCUUGGUUGGCCCAUGAUAAAGGGCAAAAGCCUGAAAGACUAGCAGAGAGAGUCUUCUGGUGCCCUCAGGAGGCCAGCAGGAGUGGGUCCUGUAACUAUCGCCCUUUGCAGAGCCAGUACGCCUCUUCUGUUCCCUCACCAAGAGGAACCUCCAAAUGUCUUUUCUUACUCUUUCUCACCAGUCCUCUACCUGUCAGUACCUCCUGUCCCUUCUUCUGUUUCUAAAGUAGAAAGACCUACAGUGUCAAGAGCAGUAGUUUUUCAAUUGUCUUAGGUUGUUCUCAUUGAAACAGUAGAUCUGAUGCAUCAUCUUUUUAGCGUUAACACAUUACAAUUAUGUAUUUGAUUCUGUAUUCUUUUUCUUGAAUGUAACAGAGUCUAUAAUCUUAUUAUAUUUGAAAACAGUGCCCUGAAUUAUACUUUACUACACUUAAUGUCUUUCUAUUUGAAAACUUUAACUUUGUUGUUCGAUAGUUUGAAGUUUUUAAGCUUGUUGAGAAUGUUAAGCUUGUUGUUUAGUAGUUGCUAUGAAAUGAGGUCCUGAGUUUUAAGUCAGUUCUUUCUUUGUAUUAGGUGUCAGCUGUGGCUCCAGGACCUCAAUGCUAGUCCAGCAUAUAUUCUGGUCCAUGAUUGUUGUGUAAAACCCAAGGCCGAGUUUGGUUUCCUGCCAACUCUUCUCCAGAAAGCUGUGAUUAUUAGAAAUAGCAAUGUUGAUUUCUGGUACAAAAAGAAGCUUGUGAUUUCCUCAUUUCUAUAAAAUACUUUCUGAACCAAAGAACAUGUGCACGUCUCCAAAGGCUCCCCUAUUACAGUGUGAAUGUCAGUUGCUCCUUCCCAAGUGAGACCGGGUGGUUUUUCCCAUCAUCUGUAUAUACAGCUGAGUUACUUUCUGGUCCCUUCCCUGGCCCUUUUCUCCUCUACAGUCCUAAUCCAUUCCAACUAUCCUGUGGCCUCAAAUUAGUAAGAAAUUUUUAUUAACUUUUUCUAUCAUAAUUAUUUCUCUCAUUUUUUUUCUGAUGGGGGUAGCGGUGAUAUUAUCCCAGUGAACACAUAUGCACCCAUGGAAAUAUCCUCUAAGGAGCGUCCUAUUUCUGUCUGGUAAACAAUGAGGAGACACAGUGCUGACUUUUCUGCACCUUAGUUAUCCAGUCAUCCAUUGACCCUUCAGGCCAAGCCAGAGCCCCUGUACAAGGAAGACUGGGAGAAGGUACUGGGUCAGUUUGCCGGUAGAAGUUGGAAGGUGUGUGCUGAACACCAUGAAAGUGGAAGUAGCCAUGUAGGGUGGGUGUUUUGUGUGCCAGCCAACACCAUUCAGAGAAAUCUGUUUUAGGUUCCAGGGCCAUUACUUUUUACCUUUUCUCAAGAUCAACCAACAUCCUCAAGGGCACUGUUUUUCAAACUAUAAGUCUUGACCCAUUAGUGGUCCAUGAAAUCAGUCUAACAGCUCAAGCCCUGAAUAUUUCAAAAGUGGAAUAGAAAAGAAGAGAGCUGUGCAUGGAGCAAGAUCAAACAUUGUUAAAUACUCUAUAUACUGUGUGUGUAUACUAGGUCACAAUAUAAAAUGUUAUUUCCUAUUGUGAAUUGCAGUUUAAAGAAACACAAAACUAAAACAAAAAUGAAAACCUUGAGGCCAUUGCAAGUGGAAGUGCAGGCUGGCCAGUGAUUGUUGAAACAUUCAGACUGUGUGGAGCCUGACUUCAUAUAGGCUCAGAGAGCCACCACUCAGGGAGUCUGCAGAUUGUGAGUGCUCUUGAUCUCUAGAGUGAGAAGAUGGGAUAGCUCUUGUUUUGGUUUAUAAAAUGUUUUCCUUUCAUGGUGUGUAAAACCAGGCAUCAGUGGGACCACAAACAGUGCCCCAAAAGGCCACAGGAUAUUAACUUGAUGCAUUUCAGCCUGCCUCCUACUAAGCAUUUUACUAGGAGUGGAGACAGAGGUUCUCCUUUGAAUUUGCUUCAACUACCUUCUCUCGGAUUCAUCAUACAGGUAGCAAAGGCCCUUAAAAAUAGGGAGCUAGUAUACAUAGGUUACAUUCUUCCGGGGCCAAACUGCUCAUUCAUUGGAGGGUGCUAUAAAAAUGCCAAUGCAAUUUAGCUGAAAAUAAUUACAUUUCCUCAUUUCUGUGGGAUUCAAGAGGGAAAUGUAGAUAACCUGCAUUCCUUAUGCAGUAUUCAAUACACAAUUUAUUCAUCCUGAUUUUCUUCGGUGCUACCCUGUUUAUCACUUAAAGCUCCUUUCCAUAUUCUUAAGGGAAGCAUUUACCCUCUUGGCCACACCUUUGAAAUGAUGCCUUCCUGCUAAUGCUAACCUAAUCAAGUGGGCAUUAAUCUGUUAAAUUUCUUAUGAUUCUUGUUAUCUACAUUUUUGAUAAUUGGCUGUUAGUGCAGCUAUUAGUGCAGACUUUCCCCCCGUACUUUUCUGCCACAAUUGGUAUAAAGUAGUACUUGUUUCAGGGCUCUCCUUCAAGCAGCUCAGCACACGUACUGAGAAGAUACUGGGUCUUAUGUGAUUUGUUGCCUUUGAGUUGGCUCUGACUCCUGGCGACUCUGAAUGAGUGAUGUCCACAGUGUCCUGUCCUCGGCAGCCCUGCUCAGCUCCUGUAGACUCCUGGCUAUGGCUUCUUUUAUGCAGUCAAUCCACCUACUUGUUCUUCCUCUUUUCCUGCUGCCUUCUGUUUUCCCCAGCAUCAUUGUUUUUUCCAAAGAAUCCUGCCUUCUCAUGAUGUGCCCAAAGUAGGACAGUCCUACACUAUUACAAACCUCCUUCAUGUUUCUUUACUUGAAACAAUUUUUACUUUAUUGCCUCCUUUGUAAAAUAAAUUGUUCUAUAUUGUUUUUUCAAAGUUUUACUUUAGAAUUACAAAUUCAUUCUUUUUUAAAAAGCAUUAUGACAGUUUCCAAAAAAGAUAAUUUUGGUUACCCGAAGAGCUCUAUGAGAGGUGUAACUUCAAAUUUUAUCGAUUGAUAGGAGUGUUUAAAUUCUUUUUACUUUAUACAAAUACAAAUUAUAUUAUAGUUUAACACCUGCUAUGAUAGACUUCUGUCAACCUGUCACUGAGCACCAUUCAUUUAGUAUUGCUCUGCUCCCUUGAUAAUGUGUUUCUCCUAAGGGUGUCCUUGCAACAAGAGACCCUGUGUGAGUGAUAUAAUAAAAAGUCUAAUAAUCAUAACUGUACUUAAAGUAGAAUAUGUUGGAAAACCUCAACAUUUCUUAAUAUGCUAUCAUACCACCAGCAUCCCAUUGGCUACCCCAAGGUUACCAAUUUGGGGACUGAAAAACAUCCAAGUGAAAAUGUAGAUGACAUUGAAAUGGCAAUAAUUUCAUAUCCAUACUCACAAACUAUCAGAAAUUGUACCUGGGGCUUGUUGCAAGGUCAGGUAGAUUGAUUGUCACAGACUUUUUUAAAUAGUCAUAUCUGGAUGUAAAUAUGUAUAUUACAUAUAAAAAUGAAUUUUUCAGGGAAUGUGCACUUUAAAACUUAUUAAUUUUUGUAUUAGUCAAAUAGUGCUUCUUUGGAAUGCUUAUUCUUUGGUAAAAUACAGUCAUUGAUGGUGAUAAUUUGUUUAUUAAAUGGCUCUUUCUGUAUCUGCAGUAUUUCCUUCACUCUUGUGUUCCUUAUCCUUUUAUGUGGGCUCCUGGUCCGAUUGCCUGUUACACAGUCUCUGCUUUGCUUUUGUGCAUUCUGAUAAGAUAGUUUAUAAACACAAAUGUUUACAAUGAAGUUCUUCCUUUUGAAAUUGAUGUCUUUUUCUCCCCUUUGGUUGGCUAUGCUCACCAAUGACUAAUUUUUCUAAACAAUAAUUAUUUCUUGCUAUUGGUAGGAUUAAAUUACUUGGUCAGGUGAUUGCCCGGUUUAAUUAUGUAUAUCAUUUUUAAAUAAAUUAAGUCAAAUAAAGAUUUCUGGUUUUUCAGUC